AUGAACUCCGUCGAACUCGAGACAAUCACUCCCGCCUAUCCGUCAGUGUUAUCGAAACGUCACGAUGUUGACACUACCAAUGCGUUUGCUCCACCACCGUCUUCCUUUGAGAAUGGCUCUGAUGAAGCUUCCGUCCCAGUCCAACAAGGGGUGCCGCCAAUGACUUUACACGACCCUCCGCGGAACAUGUGGCGUACCGUCGCCUGUAUCCUUUGGGGAUUCUCCUUAGGGUUCAGCGAUGCCGCUCCAGGGGCGCUUUUGCCCCAUAUUGAGACCUACUAUAAUAUUAACUAUGCUGUGGUUUCCAUGAUCUGGGUUGCCAAUGCCGUGGGGUUUAUCGUGGUGGCGUUGCUUGCUCAUACUAUAGAGCCGUUGCUUGGUCGCCAAAAGCUGUUGCUUCUUAGUUGUGUGCUUAAUAUAGUGAUGUACGCUUUAGUGUCGCUGGGGACGGCCUUCCCGGUGAUUGCUGUGGGGUUCUUCUUUGGUGGACUUGGUGCUGGCCUUGGCGUUGCUCAGACUAAUGUGUUUCUUCUGAGAAUGGAAUUAAAAGCCCGUUUGCUUUCAUUUAUUCAUGGUGCUUACGGUUUAGGGGCGACCAUUUCCCCGAUUAUCGCGACUCUGGUGGUUAACGCCAAUGUCGCUUGGCACUAUUUUUACUUGAUCCUUCUUGGCCUUUAUGCGGUGAACGGUAUCAACUUAUACCUCUCAUUCCAAGGGUCGGAUGUUGACCUUAAACCAUGGGAUGAAGACCCGACACUGGCAAACCGUAUUGAAACGACUACACAUGAAACCAGUCUGGUAUCUUUACUUAAGACCGCUUUAAAGAACCCCAUCACGUGGUUGUUGUCGUUUUUCAUCUUCUUUUACCAAGGUUCUGAAGUGGCCAUGGCAGGGUGGAUCGUCACGUUCCUCCUCGAUUACCGUCACGGUGACCCGUCUACAAUGGGGUACGUCGCUCUGGGGUUCUGGGGAGGGUUGACUAUUGGCCGAUUAGCCCUUACUAACUUACUUCCGAAGCUAUUUGGUAUUCGUCGUGGUGUCCUCUUAGUGCUGCUUUUAUCGAUUUUAUUUGUGGUGCUAUGUUGGGUUAUCCCCAGUGUGGUGGCAGUGGCAGUGCUUGUGUGCUUAGCAGGGGUGUUUGUCGGCCCAAAUUAUCCACUUAUGGUGGCAUUUACUACCACGGAAGGGCUUGUCCCCCGUAAGACUCAGGUGAUUACCAUCACCAUCAUGACGGCAUUCGGCAGUUCCGGAGGCGCGUUGUUCCCGUUUAUCGUUGGUUUGAUCUCGCAACUGGCGGGCACAUAUGUGAUUAUGCCGGUUUUCAUAUCGUUGUACGGGGCGAUGGUGAUGCUUUGGCUCAUGCUUCCAAAUGUCGAACGCACUGCCAAACACGGCACCCCUCAAUCUCUCUGGCAGCGGUUGUGGUAG